ACUCGGCUUCCAUUUUGUUCCUGCACUUUUUCUUCCGUCAAACGUUUCGAGGUUCCGAGCGCUCGCGGCGAAUCUUAAUCGACUCGAGCGGUUCUCGCCCGCUUCGAUAUCGAGCGGGAGCGCGCGGGGAGCUCGGCGCGAGCGGAGCGCGCGACUUUUAGCUCGACCUUAGCCGGCGCGAGGCGCCUUGGUCAUGUCCGAGGUCCGCCGGGCCGGUCCGCUGCGCAGGUUUGGAACGCGCGCCAUUUUGUAAAAUUUACACAAAAAAGGAAGAAGCGGCUGGAGGAGGAUGAGCUCUCCCCGGAGAGACACAGCCAGCGCGCCGCCACUCCACAGCUCGCUUUCGGUGAAUAUGCGUUUCGGACCCGCGGCUCUUGCAGCGCUAUUACGUGACUCGCGUCACUGACGGUCGAUGCCUGCGAGGCGGAGGGUCAAAAUGUAGCUGCGUUUCUGCGGCCGGAUCGGAGAAGUUUGUGUUGACGGAGGCGGGCUGAGUUUGACGGAGAGGCGCUGUUGAUUCGGAGAGGAGUUUUGACUCAAAGUCAAACGACUCAGGGCUUUUUUUCUGAAGCUUCAACGGACAAUUAAUACACGGGAUCUGAGCGGAGGAGGCUGGAUUUUACCGCGGAGGUCGGUCUUGUUGUAUUUAAACCCUAUGAGGAUAUUUUCUCUCCGCCGUGAACGGACGCAUAGCAACAAGAUCCAUACCAAUGGUUGUGCAAGUUGAAGAGAAGUCAGUUCAUCAAACGUUGAAAGACCCUGCUGGGGCAGCAGGGUUGUUCUCACAUAGAGACCACUUGCAAGUUGGUUCAGUGUGCUGUGGUUUGCGGAUGGACUCCCCUGCCAGGAUGAUAUGAGAUUUGCCAGAGGACGAUGCAUACAGGAGGAGAGACCUCAGCAUGCAAACCCUCGUCUGUUCGGCUUGCUCCUUCGUUUUCGUUCAAUGCGGCAGAUGUGCAGAUGGCUGCGCAGACGCCCCAUUCUCACCCGCCGUUCAGUGACGGCCACCAGCCGAGCGCUGACCCGCCGGCCCCUGUGCUGCCCUUCGGCCCACAGGCCCCACAGCUCAACACCACCCAGGUGACUGCUGAUGUGGUGAUGUUACAAAGGCGGAUCCCCCAGUGCUUUCGGGAUCCGGCAACAGCUCCCUUAAGAAAGCUCUCCAUUGAACUGAUCAAAACCUACAAACACAUCAAUGAGGUUUACUAUGCAAAAAAGAAGCGGCGUCACCAACAGGGCCAAGGGGAAGACUCCAGUAAUAAGAAGGAGAGGAAGAUCUACAAUGAUGGUUAUGAUGACGACAACUUUGACUACAUUGUUAAAAAUGGGGAGAAAUGGAUGGAUCGCUAUGAAAUUGAUUCAUUGAUAGGCAAAGGAUCUUUUGGUCAGGUUGUAAAGGCCUAUGACCGCCAUGAGCAGGAGUGGGUUGCCAUUAAGAUCAUAAAGAAUAAGAAGGCAUUUCUGAACCAAGCACAGAUCGAAGUACGGCUCCUGGAGCUCAUGAACAAACAUGAUACGGAGAUGAAGUACUACAUAGUUCAUCUGAAACGUCACUUCAUGUUUCGGAACCACCUGUGUCUGGUGUUCGAGAUGCUGUCCUACAACUUGUACGACCUGCUGAGGAACACAAAUUUCCGCGGAGUUUCACUGAACUUGACGCGGAAAUUCGCACAGCAGCUGUGCACGGCGCUGCUCUUCCUGGCCACGCCUGAACUCAGCAUCAUCCACUGUGACCUCAAGCCUGAGAACAUCCUGCUCUGCAACCCCAAAAGAUCCGCCAUCAAGAUUGUCGACUUUGGCAGCUCAUGCCAACUGGGACAACGGAUAUACCAGUACAUUCAGAGUCGGUUCUACCGUUCCCCGGAGGUGUUGCUGGGCAUGCCGUAUGACUUGGCUAUAGACAUGUGGUCAUUGGGCUGCAUUCUAGUGGAGAUGCACACUGGAGAGCCUCUGUUCAGCGGAGCCAACGAGGUGGACCAAAUGAACAAAAUAGUGGAAGUUCUGGGGGUCCCACCCAGUCAUAUACUGGAUCAGGCACCGAAAGCUAGAAAGUUCUUUGAGAAGAUGUCUGACAGCACGUGGUGUGCAAAGAAGACCAAAGAUGGAAAACGGUAUAAGCCAGCGGGCUCUCGUAAGCUGCACAAUAUUCUGGGUGUGGAGGCAGGCGGUCCAGGUGGACGUAGAGCAGGCGAGUCCGGCCACGCCGUUGCUGACUACCUGAAGUUCAAGGACCUGAUCCUGCGAAUGUUGGACUAUGACCCCAAAAGCCGCAUUCAGCCGUACUACGCCCUGCAACACAGCUUCUUCAAGAAGACAGCUGACGAGGGUACCAACACCAGCAGCAGUGUGUCCACCAGCCCGGCGCUGGAGCAGUCGCAGUCCUCCGGAACCACGUCCAGUACCUCCUCAAGUUCAGGAGGUUCUUCUGGGACAAGCACCAGUGGACGUGCCCGCUCUGAUCCUACCCAUCAGCACCGGCUCAGUGGAGGCCAUUUCAGUGCUGCAGUAGGCAUGGACUGCCAUAACCUCUGCCCUCAGGCGAGGCAGGCGUUUGCCCCCGCGCUCGGCUGGGUCGGUGGAGAAGGGCUUCAGCAGGCCGCUGGAGAGACUCACCCUGUCCAAGAGACCACCUUCCACGUGCCUCCCCACCAGCCAAAACCCUUACACCCCCACAGCUCCCACCACCACCAUCACCACCAUCACCACCACCAUCACCACCCCCAGCACGGGCAGGGCCCGGCACGGCCGCGGCCCAGACUGUACUCGCCCUCGCACAGCGCCUCCACGCAGGACUCCAUGGAGGUGUCGCACGGCCACCUGUCCAUGACCUCCCUGUCUUCCUCGGCUUCCUCCUCAUCCACGUCCUCAUCAUCCACGGGGAACCACCACCAGGCCUACCAGAGCCGCCCGCUGCCGCUCGGCCUGGGCUACAGCCACCCCGGCGGCAUGAGCCUCGGCCUGGGUGCCUUCUCCAACCCACGCCAGGAGACCGGCAUGGCAGGACACCCCUCCUACCCGCUUGCCACAAACUCUGGCCCGGGCCACUACAUAGCAGAGACUCAUAUGGGCCUGCGUCAGGGCCUGGACCGAGAGGACUCGCCCAUGGCCGGAGUGUGCGUGCAGCAGAGCUCUGUGGCCAGCUCCUGACUACGCUGAGAACGCUUUUUCCUCUGUGUGUGUGUUUUUAAAACGCUGGUGUUUUCAAAAAAAGUGCAUAGAGAUUAAAAGCUGCUGUAAAGAGAAGGGAGAUGAUGACUGACGCUGUAGCGCCGAGCCCCCCCACCACCCUCACCCCCUCCCCUCCUGCGCCAUGCGUGUUCAAACUCCCCUCUGCUCACUGCUGGAGGCCUCUGUUUCAGUCAGUUACCGUUUUUUGCUUGGAACAUUUUCAAGUGAAAUUUGAUUUUAUUAUAAAGGAAAAAAGAAAGUUUCAUAUGUUUUCACCUAUUCCUUUUCACUCAACUCUUUUUAAUUGCUUAUUAACAUAUGCACCUUCCUGACAGCCUUGAGAUUAGAUUUCUGUUAAAGGUCUGGGAGAAGGUCCAGUUGGUCGAGGAGAGGGAUGUUCUCUCUCUUGCCAUAGUCCCCAUCAAUGCAGUGCAGUGCAAUGCAAUGUGGCGAGAAACAAAACAAAAAAAAAUAUCCCCAUCAUCCUCAACGGUUGCUCUUUCAAAUGCCAUCUUUGUUUCCUUUCUCAGAAGGCUCCUUUUUGAAAGUUUCUUCUUCAUGUUGUGCAAUUUUAUUCUUUUGAGUUUAGCUUUCAGAGCAGCAGCAUUAGCAAGAGCAGGUGUGCUGAGUGGGUCUCACCUGUAGAGGGUGCAGUUUGCAAAUCUCUCCUCUUGGAAAGAGGGCAGAGAGAGAAGUCUGUGGGAAGUCUCUCCUGUUCAGUGGUGCAGUUUGCGAGUCUCUCCCCUAGAGGGCUGCCCGUGGUCCCAGAGCAUCAGCAACAGCCAUGUGCUGGUGUUAAAAGUAUAGUGAGGAGCUCUAAAGUGGGCAGUGGAGCAGGCAGGAGCCUGGUACUGGGCAGUGGUGGACAGCAAGUUUUGAAAAUAUGGCCUUAUCACGCACUGAAUGAAGAGAAGCUGGACAUUUACCCUUAAAGUAAAAAUAGCUUUCCUGUAUUUUUUAAAGUCUUGAGUACACUUAAGUCUUUACACGUUAAAAAAAAAAAAAAAAAAUAGGAACCGGAGCUUGAGAAUGGUUAUUUGAGGCCUUCCUUAACUAGAAAUCUACUCUUCGAGAGUCUUUUUGCUGGGCCUUGUGAGUUCACAGAAGUAGUAUAUUGCAAGUCGAAUGGAAUCAGCUACUACUGUGUCCCUUACUAUUUCUCUUUUCCCCACUUGCUUUCUCUUCUUGGCUUCAUUUUAAUUUUUGUUGUUUUCAGCAUGUGAUUUUACUUUUGAGCCUCUGCACAUAUUUUUGUGUUCUGUUCUACCCUGAAAAUCUUAACAUGCAGAAGUUUGUGUGAAUGCUUUUUAUUUUGGUUUGCCUCACAAUUAUGCUGUGAAUUUUAGGAGAGUUUAUUUUCCCUUUUGAUAAUUUAUUGUACCAAAGCAGUUUUUUUAUAGCGCAUAGAUGUCUGUAACCAAUAAUGUAGCAGUUGUGCACUUUGAAACAAGGUGUAUCAGACCUGUUGGAUUUUUUUUUUUUUUUUUUUUUUUCCUUUCUUUUUUAAUGUCAGUAAAAACAAAUGGCUGUAUUAUCUGUUGCUUUCUUGAAACUGGAACUGUUGUUUAAUGCGGCACAUUUUACUGAGAGCUGUAUUGCGAACAGCAUUGGUUGUUUUUUUUUUUUUUCUUUUUCUUUUUGAUACCAGAAAACAGACAACUGAAAACUCAACUAUUGUUUUUUUUUGCGUGAGUAGAUUUUAGUUUUGCUUUUCUCUGUGAGAUGGAUGGAUGGAUGGAGGGUGGGUAGAUUCCCAUGCUGUUGGCUGCUCUGCAGGUUCCAGAGCUUCAUGGUUAGUCGCUGACCGUCUCUACGUGAGAGUGUGACCCCUUUGGCCCUGCAGCAGAGUGCGAGAAGAAGGGGUAGCGGCGCGCCGCUUCUCCAUUUAGACGGCUAUUUACUUGAGGUGCCUGAUUUAUCUAGGUUCCACUGCCUUAAGCGCGCAGCGCUGCCACCGCCACCACCGCCGCCGCUCUCCUGAACGAACACCGUGGCCCCUGCAUUUGGGGUUCUCGUUCAACCCGGCCCACCGGGCUCAGACGAGGGGUACAGGGGGUUUGAGAUGUGUGAGAACACAGCCUGGUCUACUGAUCCGUCUCACUAUCGCUCGUGCUCUCUUGCUUUUCUCCCUUUUGCUGACGGUUUCUCCAUGCCUCGCUCUCUCUUGUCUUGCCCCGUCUUGCUCGCUUGCUAGCUCGCUCGCUAUCUCGCUUUUAUGCUCCCUCUUUUGUGCACUCUUUCUCUCUUUUCUCUCUCUGUCUCUCUCUCUGUAUCUCUCUCCAUGUGAGUGUGAUGAUGCCUAUAAAUACAAGGUAAAAAUGGUCCUAUAGGGUUUUUAUUCUCGGCCAGCAGCAGAGGACAGCUAAUGGGAGGAGUCCAUGAAACCCAGGCUUCAGGUGUUUACUUUGUGACCCCAUUUUAAUAGCUGAAAUAGAAUUUAUGUACAUAUUUAUAUUUUUUUAAUAAAGGAAGUUUAGAACUCACUACUUUUUUCCUAAUGGUAUUUUGAGUACAUUUAAGUCAGCUUGGUGACCAUGCAGUGGAACUCUCUGUGGUAGUCAAUGGGUAUCAGUGCUUCCAGCCCAAAGUAGUUGACAAUGCCAGUACAAAUGCAAAACUCUAGGGUUUAAAAUCUUAACAGGAGAGUAGAUCUUCAUACCUUAAAUAUAAUAGACAGGGUAUAGUGUGUGGAUGUGUGUCUACAAUCCGAAUGACGGCAGUGUUUUCAUAUAUUCGUAUACAUAAGAGAUUAUGUAUGCCUAGUACAGGAAAUAUUUUUGUUGUGUUAAUUUGGCACAAGCUUCAAUAAAUGGGUCCAUGUGAAAACCGAAACGUAGGCUAUUGCUGGAGGCGUGUGUCGAAGUGCACAGCGGUCGUACACACACACACACAAACACAGAUAUAUAAAUAUAUAUAUUCUCACACACACACACAAACACACGCACACACAGUCUGAACCGUGCAUCUUCGGUCAAAACGUCGGCUCCUAACUCCGACUUCCACAAUCGCAACUCCCCCCAGGACGAGCGCAGACCUCACUGCGGCUUUCCCCCCUCCCUACCCCUUACCCACUCUGAGCCCUGACCCCCCACACCCCCAGGCCUCCACACCCACUUUAGAGUCUCCACUCCUUCUCCCUUUGGUUCCAGGACAUCUGAUAUGCACUGCAGAGCUAAACAGCGUGGCAGAAGGAUAAGUACCUUUUAUCCACAGAUUGUACGAUCAGGACUUUCUGUGUAAAGUAAAAUGUUACUGAGAGGCAGAAAUGGACAAACCCUUUGUACUAUAUUCAAGCGGUCUUAUGUAUGACAUAAAAAAGUUGCUUAAAUUUU